AUGACCAUGUUGGUGAGGCUAGCAUGCCUGCGCAGUCUCCCUGUGUCCGGGCUGCGUCCUAUGUUGACCCAGGGCUCUCCAGCCCUGAGGAGCUCCACCCUGAAGAGCUGCCCACCGCUCCUCAAGGCCCACCAGGUAACACAUUAGGGAUGGGCUUUUGACUUUGUUGGACUGUUCCAGCACUCACAUCAUUUUUACUCCAGUACUCAAAUAAAAUAAAAUAAACCUUUAGAACACAAGGCCCGCACUGGAAAAAAUAUACAUUUAUCUACAUGCCAACGGUGCGCAAAAAUGUAUAAUUUAACAUAACCAUUACAGAUGACAAAUCCUAAUUGCUAAAUUGCCUCAUAUUUAAUCAAUAAAAAGACAAGUGCCAUUUUAAGAUUAAUUAAUUGAAACCGUAAUAUCAACUGGUUAUAUUAUAUUGUGGAACACAGUCUUCAAAAAGGUAGUAACCUCAGAAGUGGUGCUAGCUUGUAAGAAGCCUGUGGCUGUGCAACGGUGUGGCCUUGUUUUGUUAAUUUGGCAGACAAGACGCUCUUAUUUCCCGAGGCCUUAUCACAGUCAAGACACGCCUAUUUUAUAGUAAAAAACAUGAUGUAAUAUAACCAGAAUAAAAUAGAACAGAAUAGUGUGAAGUCAUCACGCAUCUGGAACAGUUAUUCCCAGUGAUCAUUUUGAAACUGGGACUCAAUUUGGAAUGUUUUUUCUUCCAGGGUUACAAAACCAAAAUGGUUCUUUUUGAUAUACAGACGUUCAAUGUAGUUUAUUCUGCUUGUUCUUUGGAAUUUUCCAAAUGGAUUAACAAUUCCAUAUUGAACACUGCAUGGGGAUGAAUUAUUUUCACGACAUCUGUCUGGCGAGUAGGCCUAGGCUUAAUGAUUCUGAUUAAAAUACGCUCUUUGUCUUUAUCAAACUAAUGUUUUAGUAUAUUUUCAGUGUGGAACCUGUCUGUGUUUAGCAGGGUUAUAGCCUAGGCCAGGAGUAGGCAACCCUGUUCCUGGAGUGCCGCAGCUACUGCAUGGCUUUGUUCCAACUAGGCGCCACACCUGACCAACUGAGCUCAUUGAUCAGUUCAGUGUUUGCCUAAAUUUAACACACACAGCUUUACAGGUCGGUUAAAUAAAAAACGUAAGGCCGGGGUGUCGCAAAGUAGGGGUCGUCACUAGUUACCACAGCCACAAAGUCAUAAACCCCACCUAUUUCUACCAAUUUAUCUUCUUAAACCUAACCUUUGACCAUAACCUUAACCACGCUGCUAACCUUAUGCCUAACCCUGACCUUAACCUUAACCCCGCUGCUAACCUUAUGCCUAACCCUGACCUUAACCUUAACCAUACUCCUAACCUUAUGCCUAACCCUGACCUUAACCUUAACCCCGCUGCUAACCUUAUGCCUAACCCUGACCUUAACCUUAACCAUACUCCUAACCUUAUGCCUAACCCUGACCUUAACCUUAACCAUACUCCUAACCUUAUGCCUAACCCUGACCUUAACCUUAACCAUACUCCUAACCUUAUGCCUAACCCUGACCUUAACCUUAACCAUACUCCUAACCUUAUGCCUAACCCUGACCUUAACCUUAACCAUACUCCUAACCUUAUGCCUAACCCUGACCUUAAAUUAGUGUGCACGCGUGUUUAGCGGGAGUGGUCCGAACGCGUGUGAGUGAGUGAGACACCGAGGGGAAAGGGAAUUUAGGGAGAAGAAACUGAGGGAUGCUUGGCUUGGUUUCAAUUUUGUUUUGUUUAGACCAAAUCGUUUUUACAGUAUUUGGAGAAAGAAAAAGUGAUCUCUGGUUAAAGAUAUCGUUUUGACAUCCGUUCGAGUACACAAUUACUCUUGCCCAUCCCUAACACACACACACACACCCUUGCUUAAGCCUCAUCAGGUACAGUCAUCCCUGACAGAGAUGCUGAAUAACACACUUGUCCAGUCAGAGCUCAAAACUGCGACCAAAACACUUGCAUUGGACUUGGCAGUGCAACACCAAUUGUUUAUUGGUCGCUAUGGUGCCAGUAAUAUUUUUUAUUUUUUGUUUUCUGUUCACAGUAGUUUUUGGUUCACAAUUUGCUUUUCAGAAAUGGGUAUUCAAAAACGUUUGGUCCAAAGUCUUAGGUUGAAUCUUGGCGAGGCGCAAUUCAAUCAUCAUGCGCUGUUUGAAUGAACAUUUCUAAAGGCGUUCAUAAAAAAACUUCCCAAUGAAAUGUUGACUGUAAAGUAGGCCUACCUGGCAGAAUGAUAUCAUGAUGACUCGUAGCAAUCGUGGGGCAUUGGUUUUCCAAACUCUGCCAUCACAUGUAGCCUACAUUGUACAGUACAAAAACACAGCUAGCCAAAUACAACAGUCUCCAAUCAAAAUGGAUUGGUCACAUGCUUCGUAAACAACAGGUGUAGACUAACAGUGUAAUGCUUACUUACGGGUCCUUCCCAACUAUGCAGAAGAAAAAAUAUAAAAUGAUAUAACACAAGGAAUAAAUACACAAGUAAUGAUAACUUGGCUAUAUACACGGGGUACCAGUAGCGAGUCGAUGUUCAGGGGUACGAAGUAAUUGAGGUAGUUAUGUACAUAUAAGUAGGGAUAAAGUGACUAGUCAACAGGAUAGAUAAUAAACAGUAACAGCAGCGUAUGUGAUAAGUCAAAAGAGUUUGUACAAAAAAGGUCAAUGCAGAUAGUCCGUGUAGCCAUUUGGUUAACUAUUUAACUAACUAUUUAACUAACUAUUUAACUAACUAUUUAACUAACUAUUUAGCAGUCUUAUGGCUUGUGGGUUGAUGCUGUUCAGGGUCCUGUUGGUUCCAGACUUGGUGCAUCGGUAUCGCUUGCCGUGCGGUAGCGGAGAGAAUAGUCUAUGACUUGGGUUGCUGGAGUCUUUGACAAUUUUUAGGGCCUUCCUCUAAAAAAACGCCUGGUAUAGAGGUCCUGGAUGGCAGGGAGCUCGGCCCCAGUGAUGUACUGGGCUGUACGCACUACCCUUUGUAGUGUCUUGCGGUCGGAUGCCAAGCAGUUGCCAUACCAGGCGGUGAUGCAGCCAGUCAAGAUUAUCUCAAUGGUGCAGCUGUAUAACAUUUUGAGGAUCUGAGGGCCCAUGCCAAGUCUUUUCAGCCUCUUGAGGGAAAGAGUCCUUGUCGUGCCCUCUUCAUGACUGUGUUGGUGUGGACCAUGAUAGAUCCUUAGUGGACACAGAGGAACUUAAAGCUCUCGACCCGCUCCACUACAGCCCCGUCAAUGUGAAUGUGGGCGUGCUCGGCCCUCCGUUUCCUGUAGUCCACGAACAGCUCCUUUGUCUUGCCGACGUCGAGGGAGAGGUAGUUGUCCUGGCACCACACUGCCACGUCUCUGGCACCACACUGCCACGUCUCUGGCACCACACUGCCACGUCUCUGGCACCACACUGCCACGUCUCUGGCACCACACUGCCACGUCUCUGGCACCACACUGCCACGUCUCUGGAACCACACUGCCACGUCUCUGGCACCACACUGCCACGUCUCUGGCACCACACUGCCACGUCUCUGGCACCACACUGCCACGUCUCUGGCACCACACUGCCACGUCUCUGGCACCACACUGCCACGUCUCUGGCACCACACUGCCACGUCUCUGGCACCACACUGCCACGUCUCUGGCACCACACUGCCAACGUCUCUGGCACCACACUGCCACGUCUCUGGCACCACACUGCCACGUCUCUGGCACCACACUGCCACGUCUCUGGCACCACACUGCCACGUCUCUGGCACCACACUGCCACGUCUCUGGCACCACACUGCCACGUCUCUGGCACCACACUGCCACGUCUCUGGCACCACACUGCCACGUCUCUGGCACCACACUGCCACGUCUCUGGCACCACACUGCCACGUCUCUGGCACCACACUGCCACGUCUCUGGCACCACACUGCCACGUCUCUGGCACCACACUGCCACGUCUCUGGCACCACACUGCCACGUCUCUGGCACCACACUGCCACGUCUCUGGCACCACACUGCCACGUCUCUGGCACCACACUGCCACGUCUCUGGCACCACACUGCCACGUCUCUGGCACCACACUGCCAGGCCUCCCUAUAGGCUGUCUCGUCGUCGUCGGUUAUCAGGCCUAUGACCGUCGCGUCGUCAGCAAACGUAAUGAUGGUGUUGGGAGUUAUGUGUGGCCACGCAGUCGUUGGUGAACAGGGAGUACAGGAGGGGACUAAAAUGUUAGAAUUGGUCAGGAGCCUGUAAAACGGCAUCUAUCCAUUGCAGCGCCAUUCUGUCUCUUGCUAGUCCCGCACUUGAAUUAAAGGGCAACUACACCCUCCAAAUAUAUUUUUUAUAUAUUGUUCCCAGACCUCAAAAGUUGUCUCCUGAUGUGGUUUUUAAGCAUUGUUGUGGACUUAAAACAUCAAUUUAUCUUUUAGUUUUUCUAUAAAAAGUGUGAUUUUGAGUGAAAACCUCAAACAACUCGGAAACCUUAAAUAAAACUGGGAAAACUAAAUUUACCAAAAGAUAAAACUGAUUUUAUAGGGCCAUACAACUGUAGACUAACAAUAACAGCCUUUUUGAGAUUUACAAUCAAUGUAAAUAUGAUAUUGUCAAAUUGAAAUGUAAUUUAUUGGUGUAUGGAUUUUGUAUUUUGUAUUUAUUAUGGAUCCCCAUUAGUUACUGCCAAGGCAGCAGCUACUCUUCCUGGGGUCCAGCAAAAUUAAGGCAGUUAAAAAAAACAUUACAAUACAUUCACAGAUUUCACAACACACUGUGUGCCCUCAGGCCCCUACUCCACCACUACCACAUAUCUACCACACAAAAUACAUGUGUACGUGUGUGUUUAGUGCGUAUGUUAUCGUGUGUGUGUAUGCAUGUGUCUGUGCCUAUGUUUGCGUUGCUUCACAGUCCCUGCUGUUCCAUAAGGUGUUUUUUUAUCUGUUUAUUAAAAAUCUGAUUCUACUAUUUGCAUCAGUUACCUGAUGUGGAAUAGAGUUCCAUGUAGUCAUGGCUCUAUGUAGUACUGUGCUCAGGCUCAGCCUGCAAAUUAAAGAUGUGCGCAUCAUUCGUUUUCCCGGACCAGUAUUCUUUUCAAUUGGGACAGUAGUUUUCCGUUGCCACUGGCAAAUCUACUAAAUUAACAUAUGGAAUUGUUUUAAGAUGGUCAUUCAAAGGAUCAUUUAGCUAUUUGAUUUUUAGGACCCUUAAGGUGUGUAUAUAUAUAUAUAUAUAUACUGCUCAAAAAAAUAAAAGGAACACUUAAAUAACACAAUGUAACUCCAAGUCAAUCACACUUCUGUGAAAUCAAACUGUCCACUUAGGAAGCAACACUGAUUGACAAUACAUUUCACAUGCUGUUGUGCAAAUGGAAUAGACAACAGGUGGAAAUUAUAGGCAAUUAGCAAGACACCCCCAAUAAAGGACUGGUUUUGCAGGUGGUGACCACAGACCACUUCUCAGUUCCUAUGCUUCCUGGCUGAUGUUUUGGUCACUUUUGAAUGCUGGCGGUGCUUUCACUCUAGUGGUAGCAUGAGACGGAGUCUACAACCCACACAAGUGGCUCAGGUAGUGCAGCUCAUCCAGGAUGGCACAUCAAUGCGAGCUGAAAGGAAGAAGGUUUGCUGUGUCUGUCAGCGUAGUGUCCAGAGCAUGGAGGCGCUACCAGGAGAGAGGCCAGUACAUCAGGAGACGUGGAGGAGGCCGUAGGAGGGCAACAACCCAGCAGCAGGACUGCUACCUCCGCCUUUGUGCAAAGAGGAGCAGGAGGAGCACUGCCAGAGCCCUGCAAAAUGACCUCCAGCAGGCCACAAAUGUGCAUGUCUGCUCAAACGGUCAGAAACAGACUCCAUGAGGGUGGUAUGAGGGCCCGACGUCCACAGGUGGGGGUUGUGCUUACAGCCCAACACCGUGCAGGACGUUUGGCAUUUGCCAGAGAACACCAAGAUUGGCAAAUUUGCCACUGGCGCCCUGUGCCCUUCACAGAUGAAAGCAGGUUCACACUGAGCACGUGACAGACGUGACAGAGUCUGGAGACGCCGUGGAGAACAUUCUGCUGCCUGCAACAUCCUCCAGCAUGACCGGUUUGGCGGUGGGUCAGUCAUGGUGUGGGGUGGCAUUUCUUUGGGGGGCCGCACAGCCCUCCAUGUGCUCGCCAGAGGAAGCCUGACUGCCAUUAGGCAAUGAGAUGAGAUCCUCAGACCCCUUGUGAGACCAUAUGCUGAUGCGGUUGGCCCUGGGUUCCUCCUAAUGCAAGACAAUGCUAGACCUCAUGUGGCUGGAGUGUGUCAGCAGUUCCUGCAAGAGGAAGGCAUUGAUGCUAUGGACUGGCCCGCCCGUUCCCCAGACCUGAAUCCAAUUGAGCACAUCUGGGACAUCAUGUCUCGCUCCAUCCACCAACGCCACGUUGCACCACAGACUGUCCAGGAGUUGGCGGAUGCUUUAGUCCAGGUCUGGGAGGAGAUCCCUCAGGAGACCAUCCGCCACCUCAUCAGGAGCAUGCCCAGGCGUUGUAGGGAGGUUAUACAGGCACGUGGAGGCCACACACACGACUGAGCCUCAUUUUGACUUGUUUUAAGGACAUUACAUCAAAGUUGGAUCAGCCUGUAGUGUGGUUUUCCACUUUAAUUUUGAGGGUGACUCCAAAUCCAGACCUUGAUAAAUUUGAUUUCCAUUGAUAAUUUUUGUGUGAUUUUGUUGUCAGCACAUUCAACUAUGUAAAUAAAAAAGUAUUUAAUACGAUUAUUUCAUUCAUUCAGAUCUAGGAUGUGUUAUUUUAGUGUUCCCUUUAUUUUUUUGAGCAGUGUAUACACACACACACACACACACAUACACAUACACACACACUACCGGUCAAAAGUUUUAGAACACCUACUCAUUCAAGGGUUUUUCUUUAUUUUUACUAUUUUCUACAUUGUAGAAUAAUAGUGACGACAUCAGAACUAUUAAAUAACACACAUGGAAUCAUGUAGUAACCAAAAAAGUGUUAAACAAAUCCAAAUAUAUUUUAUAUUUGAGAUUCUUCAAAUAGCCACCCUUUGCCUUGAUGACAGCUUUGCGCACUCCUGGCAUUCUCUCAACCAGCUUCACCUGGAAUGCUUUUCCAACAUUCUUGAAGGAGUUCCCACAUAUGCUGAGCACUUGUUGGCUGGUUUUCCUUCACUCUGCGGUCCGACUCAUCCCAAACCAUCUCAAUUUGGUUGAGGUCGGGGGAUUGUGGAGGCCAGGUCAUCUGAUGCAGCGCUCCAUCACUCUCCUUCUUGGUAAAAUAGCCCUUACACAGCCUGGAGGUGUGUUGGGUCAUUGUCCUUUUAAAAAUCAAACGAUAGUUCCACUAAGCCCAAACCAGAUGGGAUGGCGUAUCGCUGCAGAAUGCUGUGGUAGCCAUGCUGGUUAAGUGUGCCUUGAAUUCUAAAUAAAUCACAGACGGUGUCACCAGCAAAGCACCCCCACACCAUAACACCACCUCCUCCAUGCUUUACGGUGAGAAAUACACAUGUUGAGAUCAUCCGUUCACCCACACCGCGUCUCACAAAGACACAGCGGUUGGAACCAAAAAUCUCCAAUUUGCACUCCAAACCAAAGGACAAAUGUCCACCGGUCUAAUGUCCAUUGCUUGUGUUUCUUGGCCCAAGCAAGUCUCUUCUUAUUGGUGUCCUUUAGUAGUGGUUUCUUUGCAGCAAUUCGACCAUGAAGGCCUGAUUCACACAGUCUCCUCUGAACAGUUGAUGUUGAGAUGUCUGUUACUCUGUGAAGCAUUUAUUUGGGCUGCAAUUUCUGAGGCUGGUAACUCUAAUGAACUUAUCCUCUGCAGCGGAGGUAACUCUGGGUCUUACAUUCCUGUGGCGGACCUCAUGAGAGCCAGUUUCAUCAUAGCACUUGAUGGUUUUUGCGACUGCACUUGAAGAAACUUUCAAAGUUCUUGAAAUGUUCCGUAUUGACUGACCUUCAUGUCUUAAAGUAAUGAUAGACUGUUGUUUCUCUUUGCUUAUUUGAGCUGUUCUUGACAUAAUAUGGACUUGGUCUUUUACCAAAUAGGGCUAUCUUCUGUAUACCCCCCCCCCCCCAACUUUUCACAACACAACUGAUUGGCUCAAACGCAUUAAGAAGGAAAGAAAUUCAAGAAAUGUACUUUUAAGAAGGCACACCUGUUAAUUGAAAUGCAUUCUAGGUGACUACCUCAUGAAGCUGGUUGAGAGAAUGACAAGAGUGUGCAUAGCUGUCAUCAAGGCAAACGGUGGCUAUUUGAAGAAUUUCAAAUAUAAAAUAUAUUUGGAUUUGUUUAACACUUUUUUAGUUACUACAUGAUUCCAUAUCUGUUAUUUCAUAGUUUUGAUGUCUGCACUAUUGUUCUAUAAUGUAGAAAAUAGUAAAAAAAAUUAAGAAAAACCCUUGAAUGAGUAGGUGUGUCCAAACAUUUCACUGGUACUGUAUAAAUAUAUAAUAAUAUGCCAUUUAGCAGACGCUUUUAUCCAAAGCGACUUACAGUCAUGUGUGCAUACAUUUUUACGUAUGGGUGGUCCCGGGGAUCGAACCCAACUACCCUGGCGUUACAAGCGCCAUGCUCUACCAAUUGAGCUACAGAGGACCACAUUAUUUAUUUAUUUAUAUAUAUAUAUAUAUAUAUACACACAAAAUAUUUGAUGAAACAUUGAAUUUGGCCUUACUGCUAUUAGCCCAUAGAAACGCAUUGAAUAACAGAUUCAUACAUGGAUAAACAGAUAGCCCGUGCAAAAAACAGAUCUCUAUCUUAAACUGACAGAUUUAUAUGGGGAUUUUUCAUCAUGCUAAUAAGAUUCCCAUGGGGCUGCGGCCAUUGACAACAUUUUUUUUAAAGACCCUACCUGUGGACAAUUUGUAUGUCUUCAGUUGUAGGUCAGCAUGCUGUAAUAACUGCUGAUGUAUGUAAUAUUUUGCUUUAUCUUCCUCUUUCAUCAGGGCUAUUCCACCAAAUCCAGAUUGGGCUUCCGUCGUGGGAAAACUGCCAAGGACCAGCUCCAACAGGCAGCUUUCGAGCCAGCCACUGAUACUGCCAUCAGAAGUGAAUAUAAUGACUUACUAAAGCACUUCAAUCUCACCUCACAACACAAACAUCUGCGUGCCGGGGGGGGCCGGGGAAUGAUGUACCUCACGUGUAAACAUAGCUGAAAUCAGCAUAGGCCCAUCUCACCCCCCCCCCCCCCCCCCCCCUCCACAGUUACAUAAUGAAGUCAGGACCAUUACAUGUGCUAGUCAGCACCAGGUUGUAACUGGUAUGUAUGUACUAUGUAUUCCUUCCAGUGGAUAACAUGGGCAGGAUGUUCCUGGCUGGAGGGGCUGCUCUAGGCCUGGGAGCGCUGUGCUACUACGGACUCGGCAUGUCCAAUGAGAUCGGUGCCAUCGAGAGAGCAGUGUAAGUGCAGCUGCUUCCACGGUAGUGUGUGUGUUGUACUGGUGUUAUCCCAUGGUAGUGUGUGUGUUGUACUGGUGUUAUCCCAUGCUAGUGUGUGUUGUACUGGUGUUAUCCCAUGGUAGUGUGUGUGUUGUACUGGUGUUAUCCCAUGGUAGUGUGUGUUGUACUGGUGUUAUCCCAUGGUAGUGUGGGUGUUGUACUGGUGUUAUCCCAUGGUAGUGUGUGUGUUGUACUGGUGUUAUCCCAUGGUAGUGUGUGUGUUGUACUGGUGUUAUCCCAUGGUAGUGUGUGUGUUGUACUGGUGUUAUCCCAUGGUAGUGUGUGUGUUGUACUGGUGUUAUCCCAUGCUAGUGUGUGUGUUGUACUGGUGUUAUCCCAUGGUAGUGUGUGUGUUGUACUGGUGUUAUCCCAUGGUAGUGUGUGUGUUGUACUGGUGUUAUCCCAUGGUAGUGUGUGUGUUGUACUGGUGUUAUCCCAUGGUAGUGUGUGUGUUGUACUGGUGUUAUCCCAUGGUAGUGUGUGUGUUGUACUGGUGUUAUCCCAUGGUAGUGUGUGUGUUGUACUGGUGUUAUCCCAUGGUAGUGUGUGUGUUGUACUGGUGUUAUCCCAUGCUAGUGUGUGUGUUGUACUGGUGUUAUCCCAUGGUAGUGUGUGUGUUGUACUGGUGUUAUCCCAUGGUAGUGUGUGUGUUGUACUGGUGUUAUCCCAUGGUAGUGUGUGUGUUGUACUGGUGUUAUCCCAUGGUAGUGUCUGUGUGUUGUACUGGUGUUAUCCCAUGGUAGUGUGUGUUGUACUGGUGUUAUCCCAUGGUAGUGAGUGUUGUACUGGUGUUAUCCCAUGGUAGUGAGUGUUGUACUGGUGUUAUCCCAUGAAGUUACAGUGGUUUAACGAUUCACUGGUAUCAAGUACAUGUGUCUUUGUCAUUACUGUAGCUAUUGCUGUGUAGUUCCAUGGUAUAACCACAACUUAAAGGAAAGUGUUACCUUCUCUGUGUCCCAAAUGGCACCCUAUUCCCUACAUAGUGCACUCAUUUUGACCAAUGCCCUAUGGGUCCUGGUUGAAAGUAGUGCACUCUGUUGGGAAUAGGGUGCUGUUUUGGAGGCAUAUCAACAAGCGUUGUCCUCUGUAAAAAUGUUUCUGUUCUUUUCCCUGGGUCUCGGCCCAGUAUCUGGCCCCAGUACGUGAAGGACAGGAUCCACUCCACCUACAUGUACUUUGCAGGCAGUGUGGGGAUGACAGCUCUGUCGGCUGUAGCAGUCAGCAGGACCCCAGCCCUCAUGGGUCUCAUGAUGAGAGGAUCCUGGCUGGUGAUACACCUUUUUAUUGAACCUUUAUUUAACCAGUCAAGUCAGUUAAAGGUAGACUCAGCGAUAUGACGUUGCCACGAGCAGCACCGCAGAUAUUGAGAUGAGCGAGAUGCAAGACUUCGCUCUCACACAGUCACACACACAGAUCUGUACAUUUGCAUGCGUUUGCUUCACGCUGUAACAUCAUGGUAGCCACCGGGGACCAAAACAGCGGAGAAGUUGAGCCUCACGAUUCAACGCUUUUAGUUGUUGCGGAAAUGGACCCACUAUGCUGUUUACUUUCUGCAUCUACGUCAUAUCGCUGAGUCUACCUUUAAGAAAAUAUUCAUAUUUACAAUAACCACCGCCACCGGGCCAGUGACUUAUGACUAAAAUGUGCUUCCAGUAUUCUUCAAGUAUAUCUGCAUCCACUGUAUAUUAUUAACCCUUUAAACAUGAAAUUAGUCAUUUGAGGGCCCACCAAACCUCAGGGUUUUGUAUUGAUAAAUAUGGUGCUGAUUGUCAAUGGCAAACCAUUGUGUAUGAUUUGGAGACACUUGCAUUACACCUCAAUAGCCACAUUAGACAUUUUUUUAAAAAUAAUACAGAAAUGUGUACAUUUUUCACCAGGCAAUUGGAGCUACCUUUGCAGCCAUGAUUGGAGCAGGCAUGCUGGUCAGAUCUAUCUCCUAUGACCAGAGCCCAGGAACCAAACAUCUAGCCUGGAUGCUACAUGCAGGUGCUGGACUGCUUUACCUGCUCACUUUACCAAGCGUUUGUCAAUUGAAAUGUCCCACUUGCUUCUUUUCACCACUAGAGGGCAGUACUAUAGAGUUUCAGAAUACCAACACUAUGCAGCAGCAGUUUACAUGAAUGGAUCAGGUUUUUCUAGUGCUUACAACACUGGUGCUGUGCCUGUGAGAAUAUUCAGAGCAGACUGUUAAAUACCAGAUCCUUUUUCUUUAAAUAUAACAUCUUGUGAUAUAUAACCGCUUUAUUUGGACCUCAGAUGAGAAAUAGCUGUGUAGCUAAAAUCUGGUGCUUUUUCACGUUUGGUGUACGUACAUGGUCCCUUUUAAACUAACUGAAUAAAUUAAUAAAUACAUCUGUUUGUUCCUUUUUUUCCAGGUGUGAUGGGAGCGGUCAUAGCCCCCAUGACUCUGCUAGGUGGGCCCCUGAUGAUGAGGGCAGCCUGGUACACAGCGGGCAUCGUGGGGGGUCUGUCCACCGUGGCCAUGUGUGCCCCCAGUGAGAAGUUCCUCAACAUGGGAGGACCCCUGGCGGUGGGCUUCGGAGUAGUCUUCGCCUCCUCCAUCGGUUAGUACGUUUAGAUCAAUAACCCUGGCUGUGGGCUUCAGUGGUCUUCACCUCCUCCAUCGGUUAGUACCUUUAGAUCAAUAACCCUGGCUGUGGGCUUCAGUGGUCUUCACCUCCUCCAUCGGUUAGUACCUUUAGAUCAAUAACCCUGGCUGUGGGCUUCAGUGGUCUUCACCUCCUCCAUCGGUUAGUACCUUUAGAUCAAUAACCCUGGCUGUGGGCUUCAGUGGUCUUCACCUCCUCCAUCAGUUAGUACGUUUAGAUCAAUAACCCUGGCUGUGGGCUUCAGUGGUCUUCGCCUCUUCCAUCGGUUAGUACCUUUAGAUCAAUAACCCUGGCUGUGGGCUUCAGUGGUCUUCACCUCUUCCAUCGGUUAGUACCUUUAGAUCAAUAACCCUGGCUGUGGGCUUCAGUAGUUUUCACCUCCAUCAGUUAGUACGUUUAGAUCAAUAACCCUGGCUGUGGGCUUUAGUGGUUUUCACCUCCUCCAUCGGUUAGUACCUUUAGAUCAAUAACCCUGGCUGUGGGCUUCAGUGGUCUUCACCUCCAUCGGUUAGUUGCCUUUUCUUCACAAUCUGUUUAUUAUGGUCAAAUUCACAAAGGAACAUGGACAUAAAAUGCAGGGUUGUAAACGUCAUACUUUUAGAAGACAACUAAAUGGUUAUUGCAUUUUAAAAUGUUUAUCAAUGAAAAACAACAUGGUAGACAGACAUCAAUGAAGUCUAUUGGACCGUAACCUUUGGUUCCAGGAAACCGAGUAAAUUGUUAAUGGAUUGUUCAAGAUACUAGUGUGCUGGAGUUUCUUCUUUUUCAAGUAGCAUUAUUUAGGAUUUGUUUCUCUGGUGACAAACACCCUUGAGCCCUCGUCAGAUCAUUUCCCCUCAGUUAUUAAUUGAACUUGAGGACAUGGUAUUAAACAAUGUCCUCUCCACUCUCUCUGUCCCCAGGCUCAAUGUUCCUGCCCCCUACCUCAGCGAUGGGAGCAGGCCUGUACUCCAUCGCUAUCUACGGAGGCCUGGUCCUCUUCAGCUUGUUCCUGCUUUACGACACCCAGAAGGUCAUCAAGAGGGCAGAGACAUACCCCAUGUAUGGGAUGCAGAAAUACGACCCCAUCAACUCGUAAGUGACGUCUGCAGAGUCAUCUGUCCUGCUAUGUCUGAUUUCUGUACCCUACUGUUCAAACAGAUAGAAAGACAACUAGUCCUUUCUGUACCUUACUAUUCAAACCGAUAGAAAGACAACUAGUCCUUUCUGUACCUUACUAUUCAAACAGAUAGAAAGACAACUAGUCCUUUCUGUACCUUACUAUUCAAACAGAUAGAAAGACAACUAGUCCUUUCUGUACCUUAAUAUUCAAACCGAUAGAAAGACAACUAGUCCUUUCUGUACCUUACUAUUCAAACAGAUAGAAAGACAACUAGUCCUUUCUGUACCUUACUAUUCAAACCGAUAGAAAGACAACUAGUCCUUUCUGUACCUUACUAUUCAAACAGAUAGAAAGACAACUAGUCCUUUCUGUACCUUACUAUUCAAACAGAUAGAAAGACAACUAGUCCUUUCUGUACCUUACUAUUCAAACAUAUAGAAAGACAAGUCAAUUUCUGUACGUUACUAUUCAAUCAGAUAGAUAGAAAGACAACUAGACCAUUUCUCCUGUUAUUUCAAAUUUCUUUAUCCUGCUUUGAUAUACACUGCUCAAAAAAAUAAAGGGAACACUAAAAUAACACAUCCUAGAUCUGAAUGAAUGAAAUAAUGUUAUUAAAUACUUUUUUCUUUACAUAGUUGAAUGUGCUGACAACAAAAUCACACAAAAAUUAUCAAUGAAAAUCAAAAUGUAUCAACCCAUGGUGGUCUGGAUUUGGAGUCACCCUCAAAAUUAAAGUGGAAAACCACACUACAGGCUGAUCCAACUUUGAUGUAAUGUCCUUAAAACAAGUUAAAAUGAGGAUCAGUAGUGUGUGUGGGCUCCACGUGCCUGUAUGACCUCCCUACAACGCCUGGGCAUGCUCCUGAUGAGGUGGCGGAUGGUCUCCUGAGGGAUCUCCUCCCAGACCUGGACUAAAGCAUCCGCCAACUCCUGGACAGUCUGUGGUGCAACGUGGCGUUGGUGGAUGGAGCGAGACAUGAUCUCCCAGAUGUGCUCAAUUGGAUUCAGGUCUGGGGAACGGGCGGGCCAGUCCAUAGCAUCAAUGCCUUCCUCUUGCAGGAACUGCUGACACACAUGAGGUCACCACAUGAGGUCUAGCAUUGUCUUGCAUUAGGAGGAACCCAGGGCCAACCGCACCAGCAUAUGGUCUCACAAGGGGUCUGAGGAUCUCAUCUCGGUUCCUAAUGGCAGUCAGGCUACCUCUGGCGAGCACAUGGAGGGCUGUGCGGCCCCCCAAAGAAAUGCCACCCCACACCAUGACUGACCCACCGCCAAACCGGUCAUGCUGGAGGAUGUUGCAGGCAGCAGAACGUUCUCCACGGCGUCUCCAGACUCUGUCACGUCUGUCACGUGCUCAGUGUGAACCUGCUUUCAUCUGUGAAGAGCACAGGGCGCCAGUGGUGAAUUUGCCAAUCUUGGUGUUCUCUUGCAAAUGCCAAACGUCCUGCACGGUGUUGGGCUGUAAGCACAACCCCCACCUGUGGACGUCGUGCCCUCAUACCACCCUCAUGGAGUCUGUUUCUGACCGUUUGAGCAGACACAUGCACAUUUGUGGCCUGCUGGAGGUCAUUUUGCAGGGCUCUGGCAGUGCUCCUCUUUGCACAAAGGCGGAGGUAGCAGUCCUGCUGCUGGGUUGUUGCCCUCCUACGGCCUCCUCCACGUCUCCUGAUGUACUGGCCUGUCUCCUGGUAGCGCCUCCAUGCUCUGGACACUACGCUGACAGACACAGCAAACCUUCUUGCCACAGCUCGCAUUGAUGUGCCAUUCUGGAUGAGCUGCACUACCUGAGCCACUUGUGUGGGUUGUAGACUCCGUCUCAUGCUACCACUAGAGUGAAAGCACCGCCAGCAUUCAAAAGUGACCAAAACAUCAGCCAGGAAGCAUAGGAACUGAGAAGUGGUCUUUGGUCACCACCUGCAGAACCACUCCUUUAUUGGGGGUGUCUUGCUAAUUGCCUAUAAUUUCCACCUGUUGUCUAUUCCAUUUGCACAACAGCAUGUGAAAUGUAUUGUCAAUCAGUGUUGCUUCCUAAGUGGACAGUUUGAUUUCACAGAAGUGUGAUUGACUUGGAGUUACAUUGUGUUGUUUAAGUGUUCCCUUUAUUUUUUUUGAAUACACUGAACAAAAAUAGCAAUAAAAUGUUUCAUGAGCUGAAAUUUAAAAUCCCCAAAAUGUUCCAUACGUACAAUAAGCUUAUUACUCGAAGUUUGUGCACAAAUAUGUUUACAUCCCUGUUAGUGAGCCUUUCUCCAUUGCCAAUGUAAUCCAUCCAACUGACAGGUGUGGCAUAUCAAGAAGCUGAUUAAACAGCAUGAUCAUUACACAGGUGCACCUUGUGCUGGGGACAACAAAGGGCCACUCUAAUAUGUCCAGUUUUGUCACACAACACAAUGCCACAUAUGUAUCAGGUUUUGAGGGCGUGAGCAAUUGGCAUGCUGACUGCAGGAAUGUCCACCAGAGCUGUUGCCAGAGAAUUUGUUGAUUUCUCUACCAUAAGCCGUUUUAGAGAAUUUGGCAGAAUGUCCAACCGAACUCCCAACUUCCAACUGCAGACCACGUAUAACCACUUCAGCCCAGGACCUCCACAUCCGGCUUCUUCACCUGUGGGAUGGUCUGAGACCAGUCACCCGGACAGCUGAUGAAACUGUGGGUUUGCACAACCGAAGAAUCUCUGCACAAACUGUCAGAAACCAUCUCAGGGAAGCCCAUCUGCAUGCUCGUCGUCCUCACCAGGGUCUUGACCUGACUGCAGUUCGGCGUCGUAACUGACUUCAGUGGGAAAAUGCUCACCUUAAAUGGCCGCUGGAGAAAUAUACUGUUCACGGAUGAAUCCCGGUUUCAACUGUACAGGGCAAAUGGCAGACAGCGUGUAUGGCGUCGUGUGGGCGAGCGUUUUGCUGAAGUCAAUGUUGUGAACAGAGUGCCCCAUAGUGGCGGUGGGGUUAUGGUAUGGGCAGGCAUAAGCUACAGACAACGAACACAAUUGCAUUUUAUCGAUGGCAAUUUGAAUGCACAGAGAUGCCGUGAUGAGAUCCUGAGGCCCAUUGUAGUGCCAUUAAUCCGCCGCCAUCACCUCAUGUUUCAGCAUGAUAAUGCACAGCCCCAUGCCGCAAGGAUCUGUACACAACUCCUGGAAGCUGAAAAUGUCCCAGUUCUUCCAUGGCCUGCAUAAUCACCAGACAUGUCACCCAUUGAGAAUGUUUGUGAUGCUCUGGAUCAAUAUGUUCCAGUUCCCGCCAGGAUCCAGCAACUUCGAACAGCCAUUGAAGAGGAGUGGGACAACAUUCCACAGGCCACAAUCAAUAGCCUCAUCAAUUCUAUGCGAAAGAGAUGUGUCACGCUGUAUGAGGCAAAUGGUGGUCUCACCAGAUACUGACUGGUUUUCUGAUUCCCAACACUACCUUUUUUUUAAGGUGUCUGUGACCAACAGAGGCAUAUCUGUAAUCCCAGUCAUCUGAAAUCCAUAUAUUAGUGCCGAAUGAAUUUAUUUCAAUUGACUGAUUUCCUUAUGAACUGAAUUCCUUAUACAAACAUGAACUCAGUAAAAUCUUUGAAAUUGUUGUAUGUUGUGUUUACAUUUUUGUUCAGUGUAGAAUACUAUCACGAUACAGUGUAAUUCUAUCAAUACUAUCUUGAUGCAGUAUAAUACUAUCAAUUAGGAGUGGGCGAUAUACCGGUUUGAUAGUAAAAACCGGUAUUGUGCCGCGCCAUGAUAUGGAUUUAGCAAUAUCAUGGAUACCGCGAUUUAUUCAGAAUUCAUAAAUUCGAAUUUUGCAUCAAUAUUUUUUUGUUCCAAAUUUCAACUGAGUGAUAGUACUAAGUAGCUACAUCUUUUUUUUUUUUUUUUUAUCCAACCUUUCUUGGUUCUUACGAAUAAAAGAAUGUAUGUUAAUAUGUUGACCUAUUUUUAUGAGCGCACGUCGCAUGCACUUGUUGCACGCAUGUAGUGCUAGCAACAAAGAAGUGUGCAGGCAGCUGCAGUUAGGAGGCAGGUUAACUAUUGGGGGAAAACUUUACAAUCCAGGAUGAGCGAAAACACAGAAAUUGAUGUUGCUCAAGAGCAGGAGGAUAAAUUGGUUAAGAAGAAAGGGGGCACCUCUGUUGUUUGGAACUGGUUUGGCUUUAAAAUCUCCGACCCCGACCAAAACACUACCCUAUGCAAGUUGUGUCGUCGUGUUGUCUUAGCAAAAGGUGGAAACACGACCAACCUGUUCAAUCACUUAAAAAACAUACAUGUCCGUGAGUAUGAACAAUGCACCAGAAUGCGUGAGACAGUAAGCCCAGGAGCUCGCCCGAAGACAAGCCAGACUCGCACUCAACAAUCAAUUAUAUCAUCAUUUGCUGCCGGUACUUGCUAUGAGAAGACGAGCAAAAAAUGGAUAGACAUCACAGCUGCGAUUACAAAUCACAUAGCGAAGGACAUGGUACCGAUUCAAACUGUGGAGAAAGAGGGGUUCAGAAAGUUGAUUCAAACUCUGGACCCAAGAUAUGAGAUCCCGAGCCGCAAAUAUUUUAGCCAAAAAUGCCUGCCACAGCUUUACACAGAAUGCUGGGACAGAGUUUACAGUGAGAUAAAUAACAUUCCAUUCUUCUCCACUACUGCCGAUCUAUGGUCAAGUCGUACCACAGAACCUUAUAUAAGCCUCACAAUCCAUUACAUAGACGGUGACUGGAAACUGAAAAGUAAGUGCCUACAGACGUCUUAUUUCCCAGACGACCACACCGGGGAAAUAAUUGCAGGUGGGCUGAGGGACAUACUGUCGUCCUGGGGAUUAAAAGAGUCGCGUCAAGUUUGUAUGACGACCGACAGCGGAUCGAACAUGAUCAAGGCAUUGCAGCUGAACAAGUGGGCAAACCUUGGAUGUUUCGGACACAGGCUGCACAAUGCUAUUGGUAAGUUUCAGGACUGUAGCCUAGGCCUACCCUGUAUGAUGCUUAUUAUUAAGAAAAAAUACAGCUCACAUCAGCCAUGUACCGUAGGCUAAAUCUAAGCACAUCAGAUUUGUAAAAUGUGUAACAGUUGAAUGUAAAUGCCGUAAAUCCUCAAACAAAGAUUAAAAGUUAUAUUGUAUUGUGAUUUCUAUAUAAAAAUGCAUUAUUAUUAAUUAUUAUUGUAUUGUGAUUCGAUUAUUUUUCACCCUAUUAUUUUGAUUUCUUAUUCCCAAUUUCCAGAGAGGAGUGUCCAAAACGCUCCCGGGCCACAGGGGUGUGCGAUUUCCCGGGCCACAGGGGUUUGCAAAAAGGUGGUUAGCACGUUCUCAUACAGCUGGAAAAAGCAGAAGGCCCUGAUGACAGCACAGAAUGAACUAAGCCUGCCCCUGCACAAGCUCAUCACAGAAUCUCCGACAAGGUGGGGAUCUCGUCUGAAAAUGAUGGAAAGAGUCCUGGAGCAGGAAAAGGCCAUUACACAGGUCCUGGCAGGGGACAAAAAGACACGGCACCUUGUACCUACCUGGCAAGACAUCCAGGUCUUGGAAUCAGUCACAGCAGCACUGAAGCCACUCCAGGACUUUACAGAUGCCCUGUCAGGAGAAGCGUAUGUGAGCGUGUCCUAUUUGAAGCCUGUCAUCAAUCUGUUAAAUGCAGAGGUUCUAAAUCUGAGCAAGGACGAUACAGAACUGACCAAAGAGAUCAAGAUCAAGGUUCUUGAUUACUUGAAUAACAAGUACACUGACCCUGCAACAGAUGAGCUGCUCUCCAUGGCUACCUUUCUAGAUCCAAGGUUCAAGACCAGGUACAUGUCCGCUGAGAAACUGGAGGACAUUAAGGUAUUUAUUCAUUUGUUCUUGUUUUAUUGCUUCAAAUGUAAAGCACUUUGGGCUGCAUUUUAUGUAUGAAAGGUGCUAUACAAAUAAAGUUUAAUUAUUUUCAUUUUUUAAGGUGAGAGCUGCCUCAGAGACCGAAGCCCUCCUGGUGGAGAACACAGCCCUGGGAAAAUCGUCUCUUGCAGAGGAUCACACUGACAGGGAGAAAGAAGCUUCCACUGCUCAUCAAUCAGGCAAGAAGCCCAAGAAGAGCCUUGGGAGCUUCUUUAAGCAGACCAGCAGUGCACCUGCCUCAUGUUCAGAGAGGCAGAUCAUUGAGCAAGAGCUGAAUAGCUACAUUCUGGCAACGGCAGCAGACAGCGAGUCUGAUCCUUUGGAGUGGUGGCGAUUUCACGGAUCUAAUUUUCCACGUGUGAGUUGUCUGGCAAAGAAAUACUUAUGCAUCCCUGCCACAAGUGCCCCCUCUGAGAGGGCAUUCAGCACUGGGGGCAAUGUGGUGACAUGUCACAGGGCAGCACUAAAGCCAGAAACAGUCAACAUGCUGGUAUUCCUGGCACGGAACUUGUGAAGAAAGUUCUAGUGAAGAUUUGUUGAUAUUGUUGAUAAUUGAUGGUUGAGGCUUGAAAGGUUUAGUUUCAAACGGUUAGUUUUUUACAUAUCUACGGACCGUAGCCAAAACAAACACACGUAUUUGAAUUUGUAAUUACCUUAUUUUCUUUAUCUCCUGUUAUUUUUUAUUUAAUUUUACUUAAUAUCUAAUUUAUAUAUAUAUAUAUAUAUAUAUAGGCCUACCUACCUCAUGUUUACGGAAUGCAUGUUUGCACAAUACAAAUAAAAACUUUUCAGGUCCAUACGGUCCAAUGCCUCACUCUUUCUGGUUAUAUAAGGUUCAAAUACAUAUUUUUCCUUAACUAAUAUAAUUUAACCAAGAAGGGAUAUUAAAAUGUGAUUCAUAUUUUUUUACGUCAUAUAUCGUGAUAUCAUAUCGAUAUCGUCUGGACAGUGGAAAAUAUCGUGAUAUGAAUUUUAGCUCAUAUCGCCCACCCCUACUAUCAAUACCAUCAUGAUGCAGUAUAAUACUAUCAAUACUAUCAUGAUGCAGUAUAAUACUAUCAAUACUAUCAUGAUGCAGUAUAUUACUAUCAUUACUAUCAUGAUGCAGUAUAAUACUAUCAAUACCAUCAUGAUGCAGUAUAAUACUAUCAAUACCAUCAUGAUGCAGUAUAAUACUAUCAAUACCAUCAUGAUGCAGUAUAAUACUAUCAAUACCACCAUGAUGCAGUAUAAUACUAUCAAUACCAUCAUGAUGCAGUAUAAUACUAUCAAUACCAUCAUGAUGCAGUAUAAUACUAUCAAUACCAUCAUGAUGCAGUAUAAUACUAUCAAUACCAUCAUGAUGCAGUAUAAUACUAUCAAUACCAUCAUGAUGCAGUAUAAUACUAUCAAUACCACCAUGAUGCAGUAUAAUACUAUCAAUACCAUCAUGAUGCAGUAUAAUACUAUCAAUACCAUCAUGAUGCAGUAUAAUACUGUCGUACUAUACAGUAGAAUACUGUCAUACUAUACAGUAGAAUACUGUCAUACUAUACAGUAGAAUACUGUCAUACUAUACUGUAGAUUACUGGCCUACUAUACAGUAGAUUACUGGCCUACUAUACAGUAGAAUACUGUCAUACUAUACAGUAGAAUACUGGCCUACUAUACAGUAGAUUACUGGCCUACUAUACAGUAGAAUACUGGCCUACUAUACAGUAGAAUACUGGCCUACUAUACAGUAGAAUACUGGCCUACUAUACAGUAGCAUACUGGCCUACUAUACAGUAGCAUACUGGCCUACUAUACAGUAGAAUACUGGCCUACUAUACAGUAGAAUACUGGCCUACUAUACAGUAGCAUACUGGCCUACUAUACAGUAGAAUACUGGCCUACUAUACAGUAGAAUACUGGCCUACUAUACAGUAGCAUACUGGCCUACUAUACAGUAGAAUACUGGCCUACUAUACAGUAGAAUACUGGCCUACUAUACAGUAGAAUACUGGCCUACUAUACAGUAGAACAGUAGGCUACCUGGCCUGCGCACAAAUGCAGGCCAUUGAGAAUGACAAUAGUUCCUCAACGUAGCCUACUUGAAAAAUCUUUCGGUCUCUCUCCCUUUCAAUUAACCACUCAGCGUGAAAGGGGGAAAAAAUGUCAUGCUCUGAUCUGGUGGAAACUUCAUAAAAUAGGCCUACCUGAUUACGUCUUAUCCCUUGCUCAAAUAGUCUACAGCUGUGUGUCUGUCCGGAGCUCACUGGCGCAGGAAACAGAAUAUUUUAUACAAUAUUGCAAGUUUGCUAGCACGAUCGGGCUAGACCAAGUUAAUAGUUGAUACAAUGUUUUAAGUUCCUUGCAGACAGGCUAUGCAUAGCCAAUGUUAUUUAUAGGAUAUUUAUUUUAUCAUGAUAUUUUCUACCUGCAGGCUGCAAUGUUUUUAUGUGUUAAUUUAUGUAGGCUAUUUUUACGUAUUGGCAAUGGCAAUAUAAGAUACUUUUUAGAUGUGUAUCGUUUUCAUUGAGAUAAAAUGUUGAUUAACCACAUGACAUUGAUUUUGAAAUAUGAAGACUUUUUAUUAUAAAUGAAAUGAAACUGUUCCACGUAAAUGUGCAUAUAAAAAUCAGAACUGGCACGCAGAAAUGGUACGAUAACUUGGCACUCCAAACGGAAAAGGUUGCCAACCGCUAGUGUAGCCUAUUACCAGCAACUUUAGGAGCAUAACGGUAGAAUCUGUGAAGGGCAGCGGGAGGAAGAGGGUCAGGAACAGGUUGUUUUCUUCUUCUGGUUAGGCUAUAUUGAUCUCUGGCUCCCUCUUUAGUCAUUUGUGUCUUCAUUUUUAAUCGCAGUAAUUAAAGCAUCAGACAAGCUCAGUAGCCAAACUAUAGUUGAUUGUAUUCAAACAGAGGGUGUGUCUAUAUAUGGAAAAAUACACGUUUUAAAAAUGUAGACCAGUCGAUAGAAUAGAAGACUCUCGGUCGACCAUGAUUUUUUUUUUUGUCGGGGACAGCCCUAAUGGUGUUAUCCCGUCUUCUGUAGCGUUAUGAAACUGACGGUUGGUGCUUUGUGGUGUUAUCCUGUCUUGUAUUGCGUUAUGAAACUGACGGUUGGUGCUUUGUGGUGUUAUCCUGUCUUGUAGGUGCAUGGGGAUCUACAUGGACACUCUGAACAUCUUCAUGAGGAUGGUGAUGAUUCUGUCUGGUGGCGGAAACAGAAAGAAAUAA